AUGGCUGGACGACCGACGGGAGGCCCUCCUGGAGGACCUUCCAAUAACGAUCUGUUACUAGAUCUGGAGAACGACCAACCCGUCUACGGUGGAGGACAGCGAUCCGCGAUGAACGAUGACGACCUGUUGCGAUCCUACGCCCACGAGCAGGACCAGGCUCAGGGUCGCCCUUCCGUAUCCUACGACGACUUUGUUGGUGGCGGAGGAGCUGGAGGAGCUGGACACAAUGCGCAACAACCUUCGACAUUGAGACCGCAAGCCGCCGGCCCCUCGUCCCCCGGCGUCGGUGGCGGCGCUGCUUCCGGCACUCCCUACAUGCAGAGGCAUUACAGCCAAACUUCAGAAUUGAACAAUUAUCAGCGAUACGCCGACGACUUCGACGACUACCCGACCGAACACGAUUCUUACUACCAACAGGGAGGAGCUACCACGAGCCAGAACAAUGUCGCGGAUCCCUCCGGCAGGGCCAACGCCCGGAACCGUAACAGCGUUCUCAGCCUGGGCGGUGGCUUCUUUGGCCGCAUGAAGAAUAGACUGGGCAUGGGCCAAGGGUACUCGGAGAUGGAUCUUCCUUUAACAGAGGCUGGCCAGGGACGAGCUGCCGGCGCGGAUCAACAGGCUAAGCAGGGCAAGAAGUUCGACAUGGGCAACUUCAAGUUUGGCUUCGGUCGCAGCAAGCCGGACCCCUCGACUUUGGGUCCCAGAAUCAUCCACCUCAACAACCCGCCUGCGAACGCCGCGAACAAGUAUGUCGACAACCACAUCUCGACGGCGAAAUACAAUGUCGCAAGCUUCCUCCCCAAGUUCCUCUUCGAGCAGUUCUCCAAGUUCGCCAACAUUUUCUUCCUGUUCACGGCUGCGCUGCAGCAGAUCCCCAACCUCUCGCCCACCAACCGAUACACGACGAUUAUCCCUCUCUUCAUUGUUAUGCUGGUCUCUGCGGGCAAGGAAUUGGUGGAGGACUACCGUCGCAAACAGGCUGACAAUGCGCUGAACACGUCCAAGGCGCGCAUCUUGCGCGGCACCGGCUUCCAGGAGACCAAGUGGAUCAACGUUUCAGUGGGAGAUAUCAUCCGUGUAGAAUCCGAGGAGCCGUUCCCCGCCGAUCUUGUUCUCCUUGCCAGUUCCGAACCGGAGGGCUUGUGUUAUAUCGAAACAGCCAACCUUGACGGAGAGACCAACCUGAAGAUCAAGCAAGCUCUCCCGGAGACAUGUGCCAUGGUCAGCUCCAGCGAGCUGAGCAGGCUCGGCGGCCGCAUCAAGUCUGAGCAGCCCAACAGCAGCUUGUACACAUAUGAGGCCACUUUGACGAUGCAGGCUGGCGGCGGAGAAAAAGAGCUGCCUUUGAACCCCGAGCAGCUCCUCCUCCGUGGUGCCACUCUGCGAAACACUCCCUGGAUUCACGGUGUCGUUGUCUUCACUGGCCACGAGACAAAGCUCAUGCGCAACGCCACGGCGGCACCCAUCAAGCGCACAAAGGUAGAGAAGAAGCUGAACAUCUUGGUCCUGGUCCUGGUCGGCAUCCUCCUCGUCCUCAGUGUUAUUUGCACAGUGGGCGAUCUCGUUCAGCGCAAGGUUGAGGGACAGGCCCUGUCCUACCUGCAGCUCGACUCCACAGGUUCCGCGAGCGACAUCAUCAAGACCUUCUUUAAGGACAUGGUCACAUACUGGGUCUUGUUCUCCUCUCUGGUGCCUAUCUCGCUUUUCGUCACCUUGGAGAUGGUCAAGUACUGGCACGGCAUUCUUAUCAACGACGACCUGGAUAUCUACUACGACAAGACGGACACCCCGGCAAACUGCAGAACAUCCAGUUUGGUGGAGGAACUGGGCAUGGUUGAGUAUGUCUUCUCCGACAAGACUGGUACCCUUACCUGCAACAUGAUGGAGUUCAAGCAGGCCUCAAUUGGCGGAAUCCAGUACGCAGAGGAUGUCCCGGAAGACCUCAGGGCUACGAUCCAGGAUGGUGUUGAAGUAGGCAUCCACGACUACAAGCGAUUGGCCGAGAACCUCAAGAGCCACGAGACCGCCCCCGUCAUUGACCACUUCUUGUCUCUGCUGGCUACCUGCCACACGGUUAUUCCCGAGCGAAGCGACGAAAAGGGCGGCAAGAUCAAGUACCAGGCAGCUUCUCCCGAUGAGGGCGCCCUGGUCGAGGGCGCGGCAGAGCUUGGCUACGUCUUCACGGAUCGCAAGCCGAGAUCAGUCUUUAUCGAAGCGCAUGGACGGGAAAUGGAAUACGAGCUGUUGGCGGUCUGUGAAUUCAACUCAACCCGAAAGCGCAUGUCGACGAUUUACCGGUGCCCCGAUGGAAAGAUUCGCGUUUACUGCAAGGGAGCCGACACUGUCAUUCUCGAGCGUCUCAACGACCAGAACCCGCAUGUUGAAGCUACCCUCCGUCACUUGGAAGAAUACGCCUCCGAGGGUCUGAGAACACUCUGCUUGGCCAUGCGCGAGGUUCCCGAGCAGGAAUUCCAGGAGUGGUACCAGAUCUACGACAAGGCAUCCACCACGGUCGGUGGUAACCGUGCCGACGAGCUGGACAAGGCCUCCGAGCUCAUUGAGAAGGACUUUUAUCUCCUUGGUGCGACCGCUAUUGAAGAUCGUCUCCAAGAUGGUGUCCCUGAGACUAUCCACACGCUCCAGCAGGCCAACAUCAAGGUUUGGGUUCUCACUGGUGAUCGUCAGGAAACCGCCAUCAACAUUGGCAUGAGUUGCAAGCUCCUUAGCGAGGAUAUGAUGCUUCUCAUUGUCAAUGAGGAAAGCGCUGCCGCGACCCGAGACAACCUGCAGAAGAAGAUUGACGCUAUUCGAACUCAAGGCGACGGAACGAUCGAAACGGAGACCCUAGCCCUCAUUAUCGACGGCAAGUCGCUUACUUUCGCUCUCGAGAAGGACAUGGAAAAGCUCUUCCUCGACCUCGCUGUCAUGUGCAAAGCAGUCAUUUGCUGCCGUGUCUCUCCCUUGCAGAAAGCCCUGGUCGUCAAGCUGGUCAAGAAGUACCAAAAGGAGUCCAUCCUGCUCGCCAUCGGUGAUGGUGCCAACGACGUCUCCAUGAUUCAGGCUGCUCACAUCGGUGUUGGUAUCAGUGGUAUGGAAGGUCUCCAAGCCGCCCGAAGUGCCGACGUGUCCAUUGGACAGUUCCGCUACCUCAGAAAGCUCCUGUUGGUUCACGGUGCCUGGAGUUACCAGCGUGUCGCCAAGACAAUUUUGUUCUCAUUUUACAAGAACAUCACCCUCUACAUGACCCAGUUCUGGUACACGUUCCAAAACGUCUUCUCUGGCGCGGUCAUUUACGAGUCUUGGACGCUGUCAUUCUACAACGUUUUCUACACCGUCUUACCCCCCCUGGCCUUGGGUAUCCUUGACCAGUUCAUCUCGGCUAGACUUCUUGACCGCUACCCCCAGCUGUACACCAUGGGCCAGCAGAACCAGUUCUUCAAGAUCAAGAUCUUCGCCGAAUGGGUCGCCAAUGCCAUCUACCACUCCAUCAUCCUCUAUGUGUUUGGCGAGCUCAUCUGGUACGGUGACCUCAUCCAGGGCGACGGACAGAUUGCCGGUCACUGGGUCUGGGGUACUGCACUCUAUGCCGCUGUUCUUCUCACCGUCCUGGGCAAGGCCGCUCUGAUUACGAACAACUGGACCAAGUACCAUGUCAUUGCCAUCCCCGGCAGCAUGCUCUUCUGGUGGGGCUUCAUCGCUCUCUACGGUACGGUCGCGCCCAUGAUCCCAUUCUCGGCCGAGUACCACGGUGUCAUUCCCAAACUGUACAGCAGCCCCGUCUUCUGGUUGCAGACGAUCUCACUGGCCAUAAUGUGUCUAUUGAGAGACUUUGCCUGGAAGUUCGCCAAGCGCAUGUACAUGCCGCAAACCUACCACCACAUCCAGGAGAUUCAAAAGUACAACAUUCAAGAUUACAGACCAAGAAUGGAGCAAUUCCAAAAAGCUAUUCGCAAGGUGCGCCAAGUACAGCGCAUGCGCAAGCAGCGUGGCUAUGCCUUCUCGCAGGCAGACGAGAGCCAAACGAGAGUUCUACAGGCCUACGAUACAACGCAGCAGCGUGGACGGUACGGCGAGAUGACCAGCUCGAGGCCUCAAGGAAGGUAA